GACAGAGAAGAGCAAUGGUUGAAUUCAGAUGGAUUCAAAUGUCUUUAUUCCUGAUCCUGAUGCUUCAGUUUCCAGCAACAACUGGACAGUAUUCAUCUGUCACUAUGAGACUUGGACAUGAUGUCACUUUGUCUUGUGGAAAUGUGAUCAAUGGACAGAAGAACUGCGACAGUACUAGCUGGUUGUACAGGCAUUCACCACAAAUUGCAUCAGUAGAGCUGGUUAAUCUUGGACAGAUCAGAUCUAAACCAGACAGACUGAGAGUUACAACAAACUGUUCUCUGGUUAUAAAGAAGGUCACAUAUGAUGAUGUUGGUCGUUACACCUGCAGACAGUUCAUAUCAGGACGACAACAAGGAGAAGAUAUUUACGUUUAUCUGUCUAUUAUUAACAUGACUGAACAUGAGGACAAUAAAACACUCACCUUGUUCUGCUCUGUGUUGGAUUAUGAUGCAUGUAGAUACACAGUGGAGUGGCUGUAUGAGGGUAAAGAGGAAAUAUCAGACAUGCAGAUAUCACCACCUUCCUGCUCUGACCCUGUGACAUUUACAUCAUCUCACCUAAAUCGGAGCAAUUAUGAGUUAUUAAAGUGUAAAGUGACAGAUGUUUACACUAAUGAAGUUCAGCUGUUUACCUUCAGCCCUCAGUCCUCAGAACAAAACCCUGAAGCCAAAACACAUUGUUCUUAUUUGUUGAGAUCCAUCAUUGUGUCUGUGGGUUUAGCAGCACUCUUAAUAUCUGUUGUUACAGUCAACAUGUGGAUUAAAACUAAAGGUGAGAACAUUCACAGAUGAAAGUUUUAGUCAGAAAAAGCUUUUGAUGAACCUGGAGUUUGGCUGUUGAAGCUAAAGUGGACUCUCUCAUUUGUCUUUUCAGAGAACAAGACACAGAUGGAAGAAAACACUGUGAGUUUAAACUCUGAACAUUCAAACAUUUGUACAGGUCCAUCUUGACAGAGUAAAACCAGUGUUUGUGAUGUUUGUUUGUGGUG